AUGGCUGAUGACGAGCGCGCCGCUAAGGCUGCUCGCGCGCGUGCAAUGUUGAAGAGGCGGCAGCAGCACCACUUGGGGGCUGCGACUGCUGCCAGCCCGACGGCGUCGUCACCUGGAUUGCCUCCGUCUCGGCCCUUUUCACCAGCACGGUCUGAGGCACCAGAGGACAAGCAUGGACAACACCCAGUGCGGACAGCCUCACCCGCACCAUCUGAGGCUACCUUAGCUCAGCAUGAAGACGAGAACGGACGGGAUUCAGGCGACCUAUUUGCGAAUUCCCAGAUCAGAGGAGCGCCUCCAAAUAGCUCAGAUUGGUUGUCCUCGUUGACACGAGUCGAAGGCGGCCCUGCACAAGGCCCAGGUUCUCCACCUCAACAAGCUGCUCCUUCAACACCUUCAACAGGGAAAACAGCUUCGCCUGUGCCCAGUCCUCCCUCGACUGUACAGGUCGCAAACUUACAAGCCCAGAUUCAGGAUCAACAGCGCGCUAUAGCCUCUCUAGAGGCUGAGAAGGCAUCCCUCACUAUAGCGGCCGAGAAACUGGGGCAUGUAGAGUUUAAGGUGCAAGAGACCAACGACCGGCUACGCAAGGAGCAGCAGAAGUCCACGGAUCUUGAGAAACGCGCCCAAAAGUCUGAACAGGAUGUGGAUGCUCUCCGAAACAAGAAUGACCUCCAGGCUGAGCGUCAAGAGACAUCAUCUUUGCGCAGGCGCAUACAAGACCUGGAGAGCACCAUCGAAGAUAAUUCCAGCCAUCUUGGGGAACAACAACAGACAAUAUCUCUUCUAGUGUCUGAGAAGUCUUCCUUGACGUCGUCACUACAGGAGCUUGAGGGUGCUCAAAACAGAUCGCAGGAGAUGGAGCGUCUCCUCGAUAUUGAAAAAGGUCGUGUCGCGAAGCUGGAGGAGGCCAUGUCUCGACUUCAAGAAGCGAAUGAGCAGUACUCCGCGAAGAUCAGUGCUCUGGCGGCAUCCGAAGCAGACCUCACAGAUAAGUGUCGAGAUCAGGUAAGUUGGCUGAUGGCCGUUCGCGUCCUCAUUCUCAGGUGGUCUAAUAAAAUGACAGGAACGAGAGUUGCAACUUCUCAACGGCACGGUCAAUGA